UAACUUCCCAGGUCUCACGAUUUUGCGGUGCUCGUUUUUUUUUUUUUUUGGGAAGCAGUAUAUAUACAUAUGCAUAGUCGAUGUAGGCACCAAUCGUGUUAAGUUUGCUAGUUCCGAAAGCAUCUGAAGACAUAGACGCAUAUGGCCAUGGAUCAGUACAGUGAGAAUAUCAAGUAUGACGAGGAGUUUUUUGUGAACUCCCGUGACAACAAGCUGUUCACCUGCAGAUGGACACCGCAUAAACAAGAACCAAAAGCUCUGAUCUUUAUCUGUCAUGGAAUCGCAGCAGAGUGCGGCGUAUCGAUGAGAGACACCGCCGCUCGAUUGGUGCGAGCCGGAUAUGCCGUUUACGGGAUUGAUCAUGAAGGCCACGGUAGAUCAUCUGGUCAGAGAUGCUACAUACCAAACUUCGGUGACAUCGUCUCAGACUGCGCAAACUUUUUCACGAGUAUUUGCGAGAAGCCGGAGAACAGGGAGAAGAAGAGGUUCCUGUACGGCAUCUCCAUGGGUGGAGGCGUGGCGCUUCUCCUCCACAGGAAGGAGCCAACCUACUGGGAUGGCGCCGUCUUGCUUGCUCCUAUGUGCAAGAUUCCUGAUGACAUGCGGCCUCACCCGAUCGCGGUCAGCGCUCUGAAAAUGGUGUGCGCUGUGGCUCCUAGUUGGAGAAUCAUACCCACACCGGACAUAAUUGACAAAGUUUGUAAAGAUCCAGAGAUGAGAAAGCAGGUUCGCUCAAAUCCGUACAUAUACAGGGGAAAGCUCCCACUGAAGACCUGUCAUGAACUCCUGAUGGUCAGCCUAGACAUUGAGAAGAACCUGCAUGAGGUGACACUGCCGUUCUUGGUCCUACACGGCGGAGACGACAUCGUGACCGAUCCUUCGGUGAGCAAGCUGCUGUUCGAAGAAGCAUCAGGCAGGGACAAAACUUUCAAGCUUUACCCUGGGAUGUGGCAUGCUCUGACGGCUGAGCUUCCUGACGAUGUCGAGCGUGUCUAUUCUGACAUCAUCUCCUGGCUGGACGAAAGGUCGGAUUGUGCAGGCAGUGUUCCUGAAACUUUCUGAGAGAUGUCAAUCAUGUGCCAUUGCAGUUUCCCUGUGCUUGUCCGCUGUAAAUUUGUCCUACCGAAAACGAUAUACUGAAACUUGUUCUGAAUAAAUAACUCGUUCCGAUCAGGAAUUGCGCACUAGAGAAAUGCAGAAUGCAGAGAGCUUGGAACAGAUCACAUUGCUGACAGAAGAUUUUUGUACUGGUAAUCGGUUAAACUUUAGACUGGAUGAUGAUUGGUUGAUUGGA